CGCGCCUCUUAUCUUCCCGCGCCUCAAGCCAACGCGGACGUGUGCGCAUGCUAUUUUCGAAUUUCGUUCGAUUUUCAAUUUUCAAGUUUACAGUUACGUUUUUUUUACGGAAACAGUGAAGUGGCCAGUGAGUUUUUGGAUAGCCAGUUUCGUUUUAUUUUGUUAAACGAACACCAAUACUUAGAUUAAAAUGGCACGAGGAAAAUCGUUGCCGAGAGGAGUCGCGGGCAGCUCAUCUAGUCACAGAUUCCUUCACAUCGCCGCUAUCAUGUUGAUUUUAGUUUUACCAAGCGCACACUCCCAGAUCGAGAAAUUGUACGUGGACGUCACGAAUCUCAAUCUCCUUGUGGACGAGACAUAUCUCCUCAAGUUGGUCCAAGUGGGGCAAUACAACAUCACCCUAGCAGCGACGGCGCAAAUACAGCACCCUGACAUAGUCCAGUUCGUGCCUCAGACUGUAGAAAUCCCAGGAUCUCCGGAACCGAAUACGAAUGUGACUAUCACCCACGAUAUCUGUGUGCUAGGAAAAAGCCCGGGACAUUCUGAGGCCGUCUUCAAUGUCACACCUGAAGGGUUUGUCAACAUGGACGACGUGUUUCUCCGGAUCACUGUGAUGCAUUCCCACGCCAUUCGCCUGAUCUCAUACAUCAUGGGCUGGAUCUACUUCGCAGCGUGGUCGGUGUCCUUCUACCCACAAAUCUACAUCAACUUCAAACGGAAGAGCGUGGUCGGCCUCAACUUUGACUUUUUGGCGUUGAACAUCAUGGGUUUUACCAUGUACUCGCUCUUUAACUGCGGACUUUACUUCUCUAGGGAGAUUCAGGUAGAGUACUUCAGCCGGCACCCCCGGGGCUUGAACCCGGUACAGCUGAACGACGUGUUUUUCUCGCUCCACGCGGCCUUCGCGACUCUCAUCACUAUCAGCCAAUGCUUCAUGUAUGAGCGCGACGAGCAACGCGUCUCCAACACAGGGCGCGGUAUUCUGUCGCUGUUCACCGUGAUUGUGAUCGUGACAGCCGGGCUGGGAUUCUUCGGCAUAUUGGAGUGGCUGGACUUCCUUUACUACUGCAGCUAUAUCAAACUGUCCAUUACGCUCAUCAAGUAUGUGCCGCAGGCCUACAUGAACUACAAACGCAAAUCGACCGUCGGCUGGUCGAUCGGCAACAUCUUCCUAGACUUCGUGGGCGGUUUCCUCUCCAUACUACAGAUGGCGCUAAACGCUUACAACUACAACGACUGGGCGUCGUUCUUCGGAGAUGCCACCAAGUUCGGAUUGGGCCUGUUCAGUUUGGUGUUCGAUGUAUUCUUCAUCCUGCAGCACUACGUUUUCUACAGGGAAGCGCGUUACAUUCGCCUGCCAGGCCGAAGCACAAGCGACGAGGACUCCGAUCCUCCACAGCUUGAGCAAACUUCUGAGGAACCCUACCAGGGGCCGCCUGCGUAGAACGAACUAACGAGGUGAUUGGCAAGUUCCAAGUCUUGGCGACUGGAAGGCAAAGGACCAGUGGAAAGUAAGCAUCAUGGAUUACAUAGAGUUCUAUGUAGGUACUGCGAGUGCUGGAAAGGAUAUGCUAAAAUGAGAUAGCUUACUUAGUAAAGUGAUUGCGAGCGAGAAAAUCAGAUGGUACAGUGAUGAUAGCGAAGAACUAACAUUCAGCGUCUAAGCCUACCCGCAGACUACAGACUUUGUCGGCCGAUAGUUGGUCCGGGCUGUUAAUCAGUAUUGAAAUGUAUGAAAGU